CGCCCACGCCCUCGUAGAUGUGCAUCGCACGCUUCACAUGCUCUGCACAUUCUCUCUCCUUUGUACUUGAAGUAUGUUAGUGCUCUUAAAUACAGCUCAAGAAACUCUUCUCUUCUUUAUAAAAUCAAUGUGGGCUUCGGAAAUUCUCUGUGAAAACUACAACGGCCAGUCUCUCUCUCCUAAUCUCAUGUAUAAAUAAGAUCAUCGCACUCAGAAGUGGCAAUCAAUAGUGCAGAGAGUGAAAAUGAGGAGGAUUAAGUUAGGUUCGCAGGGGCUUGAGGUUUCGGCACAAGGUCUGGGAUGCAUGGGCAUGUCCGCUUUCUAUGGCCCCUCAAAACCAGAGCCUGACAUGAUUCAACUCAUUCACCAUGCCAUCGAUUCUGGUGUCACCUUCCUCGAUACCUCUGAUAUGUAUGGCCCUUUCACCAAUAAAAUCCUCCUUGGAAAGGCUUUGAAGGGAAGGAGAGAGAAUGUGGAGUUGGCUUCCAAGUUUGGAAUCAGUUUUGCUGACGGCAAGAGGGAGAUUCGCGGGGACCCUGCAUAUGUGAGGGCAGCAUGCGAGGCGAGCUUGAAGAGGCUGGAUGUUGAUUGCAGCAAUCUCUAUUACCAGCAUCGUGUCGAUACCAGGAUCCCCAUCGAAGUUACGAUUGGGGAGAUGAAGAAGUUAGUAGAAGAAGGAAAAAUAAAGUAUAUUGGGCUUUCUGAGGCUUCUGCUUCUACCAUUAGAAGAGCUCAUGCUGUGCAUCCCAUAACGGCAGUGCAGAUAGAGUGGUCUCUGUGGACAAGGGAUGUUGAAGAUGAGAUUGUUCCUACCUGCAGAGAGCUUGGCAUAGGGAUUGUUGCAUAUAGUCCACUUGGCGGAGGAUUCUUUUCUUAAGAGCCUAAAUUUGUUGAUAGCCUCGGAGAUAGUGACUUCAGAAAGCUCAUACCAAGGUUCCAGCCAGAGAAUCUGGAGCACAACAAAUGUGUCUUUGAGCGUGUUCAGAAGAUAGCCACUGAGAAAGGGUGUAGCCCAUCUCAGCUGGCAUUGGCAUGGGUCCAUCACCAAGGAGACGAUGUGUGUCCAAUUCCAGGGACCACCAAAAUAGUGAACUUCAACCAAAAUGUUGGUGCCUUGUCUGUCUCUCUUACACCUGAUGAAAUAAAAGAACUCGAAGGUAUUGCUGCUGGUGAUGCAGUGAAGGGAGAUCGCUAUGCAGACAUGAAAACAACUUGGCUUUGGGCUGAUACACCACCUGUUUCUUCAUGGAAAGCCACAUGAUUCUCUCUUCCUCUCUCUCUCUAUUUAUAUAUAUACGCGCAUAUAUAUUUACCUUCAGGAAAAGCGGCAUCUCUCUCUCCCGCUUCUCCAUAUAUAUAUACACGACAGACAUCAUUGCAAGCAUGCGUCCUAUGUGUUGCUGUGUUUGAUGUCAGUGCUUGUGCUAUGAGUAAUAUGAUAUCAUGAAGAUCUUUCCUUGUUUUUACAUACUCUUGAGUUCACAGGUCAUUGCUGCUGACUCAUUAGUCUUGUUGACAUCUCCUAGGGAAUCUAAAUGAUGUUUUAAUUUGGAUUAUCUUCAUCACUUCACUUAUAAAUUUCUCAUAUUCUUUUUUGAGGUAAAGG